AUGAGUCGUUUGCUCUCGUAUUGCCAGCCAAGGAGUCUAACACGUCUAUUUUCCCACGUUUCAGAGGCUUGUGUGAGAACUGAGGAAGCGCUGCAGCCGGCCAAACGCCGGGUGCUGCCUCGUCGUCAUCGGAAACUUCAUAUGCUAACGGUUCGUGAGGAAAAUGAGGAGGGACUUCGUGACUUUUUGCCCCCGAAACCUGCGGUUCCGGCAGGGUGGAAGCUGGAACAUGUUAUAGGCAGCAACAGUUUUGAUCUCCGAAAAACGGUCGAGAUUCGCGAUUGUGGUAAAGAAGAUCUACAUGUUCUGGCAAUGAUGGAGCUGAAGGAAUACGAGGGAACAUACCGUAUGGACAACGGAGAACGCGAGGAAGAAGAAUAUUUGUUUUUUACAUUGUUCAUUCAGAAGCAUCGCUUUCAGGGUGCUUUAGAGUUUGGAUUAACUUCCAUAGACAUGGAGCUGGUGAUGGAUUCAUUGGCGAUUCACAGCAACAGGGAUGAGCUGGAUGAUGCUUAUGGCGCGCUUUCAGCCGGGGCGAACAGGAAUAGUUUAUCCGUGAAGGGUAGUGAAAAGAGUAACCUUUUCUGUCGACGCUGCAGGGAUGCUCGAUAUCGUGGACCGAUGAUGAGUGAGUUGGAUGAUGACUUCUCUGACGAAAUAUUGGACUAUCUCGAUGAGCGGGGCGUGAACAAUGGGUUUGCCGAAUACAUGAUGGCUCAGGCACACUUUUUUGAGCAAGAGGAGUACAUCAAUUGGCUACGACUUCUGAGGCAAUUUGCCCAAUAA